AUGGAAAGUGGGAUGCCAACGCCUCCCGUAGAGGACAAUAUGAAAACAUCCACAUCGUCGUCGUCGAGGAGGAAUACAGCUUCUGGUAACAAAUCAGUUAAGCCGAUACAUCGACCUGGGAAGCGAGCGUCCAAUCACAUCACGCAUUCUCCUACUCAUGAUCACCCACCACCCCUCUCACCCCAUGCUAUGGAUAACAGGCAUAAGAGAGUAUGGAAAGCUUGUGAGAGGUGUAGGAUGAAGAAGACAAAGUGUGAUGGAGAGUUUCCAUGCAAGAGGUGUAAGGAUGACGGAUUAGUAUGCACAGCUGGAACACGAAAGAAGACCGAAUACAAGCAAUUGCCUAGAGGAUAUGCCGAAGUAUUAGAAAACACUCAAUUCGCACUGAUAGCCACCGUCCACAAGCUAUAUGCCAUGGUCAGGAAUGGCCAAUCGUGGGACCUAGGAGAGCCAGAGCUUAACGAUAGGGGGCAACCGGUUAUUCACAACAUCGCAACGAAGCUCGGGUGCAUACGACCCAAUGCGGACGCCGAUCUACCACCUCACUCAAUAUUCCCCGAAGACGAAGCUGGCCUCGCAAAGCUAGCAGCUGAAUUAGAUGUUCAACAAAGAGAAAGAGAUAGGGAAGCGCAUGCUACGGAACAUCGAUCGGAGACCGAGUCCAAUUGCACGAGGACAGACCGCGCAAGCUCAUCGGAGCUUGACCACUCAGAUUUUGAGCAAGAUUAUAGGAAAGUCUUAGGUGGCCAAAACAUGCAAACCAUGUCGCCGCAAAGCUUCACGUCUUACGAUUUAGAUUCGAAAGCCAUGCAGCCCGAAAUGGAUUCCUCGAGGGGUUUAUUCGCCGUCCAAUCGCCCUCAGCCCCCACGUCAUUCCCGACUUGGAAUAUGAGCAGGCCAAGCUCCAUGGACAUACCACCACAGUUCAUGCAAGGGAUGGAUAUGGAUAUGGCCGAGAUGAUGCUAAGCCAAGGACUUGUCGGAUCGGAAUUUGGAACAAUCAAGCCGCAUAUGAUCCAAUGCGCAAAUCCUGAAGUCAUGUUGGGAGUCGGAGAUCCGAUGAUCUACUCUGGUUACAAUAUGGAGUCCUUACGAUCUUAA